ACUGAGCUAUAGCAAAGUAGAAAAAAGGCGACGCAUUAGUGUGAGUAUCAAUGCUUGCUUCGUUUGUUCAGCAACCUGUCGCACAUUUACCAAUGCAUAUUUCUUGCUUUGUUCUAUUCUUUCAUUCCAUUGCUUACUCUACUGCACCAUACUAGCUCAUGGUGGUAGCUCAUUACGCUAACGCUAACUCGUUGUGCUACCUCUUCGAGCACGAAGGUGUUAGUUAGCACGAGCGGUGUCAGUGUUUUGUUGCUUUUGUUUAGUUCAAAGCGGUCGCUCAGGUAACGAGAGCUUCUACUUGGUAGUGACGGCUUCCUAGCUUCAAGGUCGAAUAGUGUUGGUUCGGAUCGUGAGCUAGCAGUUUGCAACAAUGACAAACUUACGACUAUUGGAGUGUUUGGUUUUUGUGGUGCUCCUUCGAACGGCGAGUUCAGCCCAACCUAAUCAACAACAAUGCGGAAUACAGCAGAUCGGUGGUAACGAGUUGAUAGUACAUGGACAGGACACCUCUCCGGGCGACUGGCCGUGGCAUGUUGCCCUUUACCAUCGCAAAGGUCGUUCCGUAGAGUACGCCUGUGGAGGAACCAUAAUCAACGAUCAGUACAUCCUGACGGCAGCGCAUUGUGUAAUGAACAGCGUAAAUGGAUUCCAGCUGACUCCGAAUCGAUUGUUUGUGCGGAUGGGGAUUCAUGAUUUGGAAUCAUUCGAUCCGAAGUCGGUACAACAGCAUGAAGUAGAGAAAGUCCACAAGUUUGCUAACUUCACCCGACUGAUCGAUGACAUUGCGUUACUCGAGCUGAGUACGAUUAUCCGAUUCAAUCCUUACGUUCAACCGGUUUGUGUUAAUCUCGAGCCGAAUAUAACAGGAGACUUCGGAACGGUAGUUGGUUGGGGAUUAAUGGAGGAUGACGAGACAUCGGCCACCUUGAAACGAGCAGACAUGCCAGUUAUUGAUCCCGUAGCGUGUCUGAAAAGUGAUCGCGUAUUUUUUGGGCAAACUUUAGACGACGGACUGUUCUGUGCAGGUUACACUAAUGGAACAAGUGUGUGCAAUGGUGACAGCGGAGGUGGAUUUUUUUUCAAAAGGGCCAAUUCAUGGUUUGUAGGAGGGAUUGUGUCCUUUUCUCAGACUAGAUCUGGUGGCACAAAUUACUGCUAUACAAAGGGUUAUGGAGUAUUUACCCGAGUUCAGAAAUACCUCCCCUGGAUUCGAGAAAUCACAAAGAUGCCCUUAGUUCGUAUGUAUUCAAUGUAAAAAUGUAAUAGACAUAUUUUUUCCCUCGCAAUUGUGGAGUGUAUAUUUCUAACCGCAUCGUUGGUGGGCAAACUACACGAGUAUUUGAGUUUCCUUGGAUGGCGAUAUUACAAAAUAAA